AUGGCCCAAAUUGCCUUGAGAAGAACAGCUGAAGUAGCAGAGAAAGAAAGUCCUAAAGCAGCACAGAUCCUGAAGAAAAGUACAUACAUGGAUGACAUUUGUUUCUCGACACCAACUGAGGAAGAAGCCAUUCAGCUUACUGAUGACAUCGACAAAGCUUUGGCUGAUGGAGGCUUCCACGUCAAGGGCUGGGUGACUAAUAAGAAUAUAAGACCCAGUAACCAGAACGAGAUGGAAUUGCUGAAUAAGUUGUCCAAUGAGAAUGUCUUAGGAGUUGUUUGGAACCAAAAUAACGAUUCAUUCUCGUACAAGUUAACCUCGGACAGGUCCAGUAGAGAAGAGAAAUCAUCCAACAACGAAGGAAAAUGGACAAAACGAAAAAUCCUGAGCCAAAUAGCAAGAGUCUUCGACCCACUUGGAUUUGUAUCACCCUUCAUUGUUCGAGCAAAGAUGGGAAUGCAAAGGCUUUGGGAGAAGGGAUACAAAUGGGAUGAAAGACUGCCAGAGGAACAACAGAAAUGGUGGAUAAAUUUCUUCAACGAAAUGAAAGAGCUGAGCGAGGCUAAACUUGACCGAGGCCUCACGCCGCCAAGAGCUAUUGACAAUCCAAUGUUGUGUGUGUUUUCAGAUGCAUCGGAGGCUGCCUUCGGGUGCUGCGCUUGGCUUAGGUGGCGGAUGGCGGACGGCAGUUUUGCUACAGGAUUUGUAGCAGCAGGGUCAGGAGUGGCCCCUUUGGGGAGGCUGACCGUUCCCCGAUUGGAGCUACAAGCUGCUCUGAUGGCGGCGGGGCUGUUUGUGGCAAUAAGGGGGGAGACGGCUUUGAGGUUGCUGGAGGCAGUCUUCAUGACAGACGGUCUCAUUGCUCUAGCAUGGAUCCGCAGUCGGUCCAGAAUGUGCAGGUCAUUCGUCUCAUCCAGAGUGGGAGGGAUCCGGAGUGCCUCCAGUCCGGAGAGCUGGAGAUACGUUCCCGGAAAAAUGAACCCUGCUGAUAAAAUCUCCAGAGGCUUAGCAGUCAGAGAUCUGAGUAAAGAAUGGGAACAUGGUCCUGAAUUCCUAUUCAAGCCUAUAGAUAACUGGCCAGAGGACAAAUCGCUCCCUGUACAACAAGGUGAUGAUGACAAGGAGAGGAGAAAGGUAAAGCAAGUUCUACAUACAACCUGUUCUGGUAUCAUUGGCUGUGAGAAGUAUUCGUCUUGGAGAAGACUCCUCAGAGUCACAGCUCAUGUGCAUCGAUUUGUCAAGAAUAUGAAGGCCAGAUGCAAGACGAAAGUUGACGAAGGACUGACUAGAGAAGAUGGUCCACUCACUGCAUCCGAGUUAAGUGUUGCUGAACUGUACUGGAUCAAGGAGGUACAGAAACCACUUCAUGAACGCUUGAGGUCUGGUGAAUUCAAGGUUCUAAGUCCAUUUCUCAGUGAAGGUAUCAUCAGAGUUGGAGGAAGAGUAGAUAAGAUCAAACGAUCGUACAUGUAUGAAGCAAGACAUCCAGCUCUUAUCCCUAAUGGCCAUCAUGUAGCUAAGCUUAUCACUCGCUACUAUCAUCAGCAAGGUCAUGCGGGAGUAGCUACAACAUCAGCUAAAGUCCGGACGAGAUACUGGAUUCCAGGAGUUCAACGUCUAGCCAAAUCUGAGAAGUACAGAUGUGUAACAUGUCGAGAGAUGGAGAAAAGAGCGGAAACUCAGUUUAUGUCAGAGCUACCUGCUGAAAGGAUGAUGCCUUUUACGCCACCAUUCUACGCUACAUCAUGUUACUACUUCGGACCGAUACCAGUGAGAAUAGGGCGUAACAAGACUGCGAAGUACUAUGGCAUCAUCUUCACAUGUCUGAACACCAGAUCAGUCCACUUAGAGGUUGCACCUGAUUGCUCGACUAUGGAGUUCCUGCAGGCUUUACGACGUUUUUUCGCAAUCCGUGGCCAACCUUCUUGCUUAAUCAGUGACAAUGGGAAGCAGUUCGUUGGAGCUGAGAGAGAGCUGCGAGAAAUGUUAGAGGGCUGGAGUGCAGAUGAGCUAAAGGAGUUCUGUGCUGAGAGGGGCACCGACUAG